CAGGACUCGUACAGAAAGCAGGUUGUCAUUGAUGGAGAGACGUGCUUGUUAGACAUCCUGGACACUGCGGGCCAGGAGGAGUACAGCGCCAUGCGCGAUCAGUACAUGAGAACUGGGGAAGGAUUCCUCUGCGUCUUUGCCAUUAACAACAGUAAAUCAUUUGCUGAUAUUAACCUUUACAGAGAACAGAUCAAGAGAGUGAAAGAUUCGGAUGAUGUGCCAAUGGUGCUAGUUGGGAAUAAGUGUGAUUUGCCCACAAGAACAGUAGACACAAAACAGGCUCAAGAAUUAGCAAAAAGCUAUGGGAUCCCCUUCAUAGAGACAUCUGCUAAAACAAGACAGGGUGUGGAAGAUGCUUUUUACACACUGGUGAGAGAGAUCCGGCAGUACCGGAUGAAAAAGCUCAACAGCAAUGAAGAUGGGAAUCAAGGCUGUUUGGGAUUGUCUUGCGUUGUGAUGUGAUAAGAUGCCAAGAAUACGUGGUUCAGAUGUAGCUGCUGGACGAGCCUCAAUGCUACUGUAUUGCGUCUCAUGCUGAUGCCCUGCAGUAUUUUGGUGCCAGUGACCAGAAUCUUGGUACCAGUAAACUAGCACAAGGUCCUUUUCUGUGCUCCAUCUGAAGAGAAACAUCUAUGGCGUCUACCUCCUUGCUCAGCUAACGGAGCAGCCGCAUCUCUUGAUGUACUGGGAUUCUUUUCUCACUGUGUUACCUGCGUUUGUUCAAGAGGAAAACCAGUCACAAGAAAAGUGAACUACAGAGACUAAAUGCUGUGAAAAAGAUGACACUUUACCUCUAGAGUAAAAGCUAGAAGUGAUGUUUGUCCCCUUUCUAUUGGAUGCUGAUUUGCAGUGCUGUCAGAGGAGUGGCAUUGA